ACGGGGUCGCCGAAGCUUGAUUCUCCAUGGUACAAGGAGUUUUUCUUCGCACGUCCCUCAUGGAAGUGGUACCAUGGCGAUACUGCGCCUUUGACGGGGUACGUGGUGGGAUCGAAGGACGACUGGUGUGUUUCGACCCAGUUUCCACAGUCAGUGAGAGAUCACGUAGACCGCCUUGUAGAAGGGUUUCAGCUGCGAGUCUUUCCUAGCGGUCCCGAGAGUGCAUACCAGCACGUUCGCAAAUUCUAUGGUUUGAGAGCUCUGGCGGAUGCGGUUCGUCCGAAGAGGCGAAGGGUAGUGGUGAAGACCGGAGUCGGCCGAGGUGGAAGCUCGUCCGUGGCGGUCGGAGAUAUUGGCGUCUCUGUUGCUCGACCGCCGCCGGUGCAGCCUAUGGCGGCUCCAGCUGAUGUGGCCGGGAGGAGAGGCUCCAAGAGGGUGGCUGAGAAGACCGCUCUCGGUCAAGCUAGCCAAAGAGCGAAGGCAAGUUCUCCGCCUCGGAAGGCGGCUGGUCGGGGAAAGGGCGUGAAGCGCGGGGAGGAACAGAGUUCUAUAGAGGUGUCGACUCAGGCGGCCACGGAUGGGGAGGCGGCUGAGUUUGCUUUGCACACUAUUAGUGAUCAUCUCGUUAUGCCUUCCGAGUACACCCCUUCAGCUUUGGACAGUCACAGGAGACUUGCAGAG